AUGGAGAAGCUCCUCACUAAAAUUGGAGCACCAUCGUACCUGCCCACUCCAGCUGAGGUGCUCGACGGCGUCCGAUGGCUGCGCGAGAACCCGGCCAUCGCUGCGGGAGUCGUCGUGGGACUAACCAGCUACUCCGUGGCCAAGUACUACGAGUACGGAGAGGACAGCGACGAGAGCGACGAAGAGAAUGACGAGAACGUCGACCACCAAGACAAUGCGCCACGAGCAAGCCCAGAGGAAAUUGCACGGUCCGUGACGGCAUUGCACCUCGGACUGCUGAAGAUUGACGCGACCAAGAGGGACCGACGACACAGCGCUGCCAGCUCCGCCAGCACAGCAUCGUCACUUGCGAGCUCCGGUGGACUUCGUUCCCGUGCCAGCUCCGUGUUUGACAAGGCCUACCACGAGGAGGCCGCCAUGACGUACUACCGCAUCGGUCAGCGGCUCAAGAUGACGCGCGCAGUCGCCAGGGCAAUGGCGCGCUCGUCCGCGGGCAAGCGCAACUCCGCCACCAUCGAGAAGAUGGUGCAGACCACCAAGAGCCGCUUCGGCAGCGCCGUGGGUCGGCCGCUGGGCGCCGCGAUCGCGACGUUCAUGGACUCUGGCGUCGCGUUCAACACAUCGUCCGAGUUCCUGUUCUUCGACGGAGAAGACGACGACGGAACUAUGGCGGACUCGAACGAACUGCGCGUGAGCGAGCACUUCCCGCGUGUGCCCAAGCCCUGCGAGAAGGUGGCGACCAAGUUCUUCGCGUGCUUCUACGAGCACGGCAAACAGCCCGCGGGCCAGUCCGACACGGAGGUGGGCAACGUCGCGCUGGAGACGUGCAAGGACUCGCUGCUGGCCUACAACGCCUGCGUGGACGCCGAGGUGGCCAAGAGCCCCAAGGAGCUCUUCCGUGUGCCCGAGGCGUACCGUAUGCGCGAGUAAAUAAAUACUGCUUCAUCCAAGAUCAUUAACCGAUUGAAUACACUGCAGUACUUACAGUAAACCAGGGGCUGUAAGGAUGCAUCUGGCUUGCC